AAUCCCGCCGCAAGAGACCUGCGUCAGCUCCGGCGCUAGCGGGAGGCAGCAGUCGGAGGGCCGCGUCAGCUCCGGCGUCCGGAAGUGUACGCGAGGAAGAAGAGGGCGAUCAACACCCUCGCUCGCCUCUAUGCCCUCACCACGCCCUAAGUUCGCAGCUGGAACAACCAACGAUCAUCUACAAGUGAUUCAAGACAUCGAUGAGCUUGACCUCGACGAUCAGCUAGGCGUCGCGGAUUACAUUGAGGAUAUCUACAACUUCUACAAAGUUGCCGAGAAUGAGUGCCGGCCCUGCGACUACAUGGACUCCCAGGUGGACAUCGACUCGAGGAAGCGGGGCGCCCUCGUCGACUGGAUAAUAAGAGUGCAUGAAAAGCUCGAGCUCAUGCCGGAGACCCUCUACCUCGCGGUGUACAUCAUCGACCGGUACCUCUCGAUGCAGCGGCCCGUGCUUCGAAGCGAGCUGCAGAUGGUAUGCGCCUCGGCCCUGCUGAUCGCCUGCAAGUACGAGGAGGAGGACGCCUGGGAUCCAGAGGUGGAGGUUUUCGUCUACAUAUUAAACGACGUCUACACCAGGGAGCAGAUACUGGGGGCGGAGAUGGCCAUUCUGAACACGCUUGAAUGGAACCUGUCAGUCCCUACACAUUACGUGUUCCUCUCGCGCUUUGCCAGGGCCGCGUCCUCCUCGCAUCCGAAGAACGAUGAGGAGAUGGAGAACAUGGUGUUCUUUUUUGCUGAACUGGCGCUGCUGCAAUAUGCGCUGGUGCCGUUGAAGCCCUCCAUGGUUGCUGCCGCUGCUGUCUAUGCAGCCAGGCUCACACUCAAGAAGACGCCUCUGUGGACUGAGACUCUUAAGCACCAUACUGGCUAUACUGAAUCCCAGCUAAGGGAUAGUGUAAAGAUCCUGGUGACCGCACACUCGGCUGCCCCUGAGAGCAAGUUGAAGGUGGUGUACGAGAAGUAUUCCAGCGAAAAGUUGGGAGGAGUGGCCCUGCGCCCACCUGCAAUCGACUUCUGCAAAUAAAUGGCGAUUUUGUUGACAGUCCUUGCUUGCCAUUUGUGUGAUAAAAUGCACCUUCAUAGGCCGCUGGG